UGUCCGUCUUUUUUUUCUUUGUCUAGAGAGAGAAGGUUCAAGUUCUCUUCUUUUACAAUAGAGAGAGAAAGUUAAUCUAUGGCCUCCCUUCUUUCGUAUCUGUGUGUGUAUUGCCUUUAUUGUUCGGGUUUGAGAGAGGGUUGCGUUCAGAAAGGAAAUAUCUCGAAUACUCAUCAACGAAGAGAGAGAAAGGACCCAUCAAGCUCCAAAUCUUUUCUUCUUUCUCUCUCUAUCUAGAGAGAAACAACCUGCAACUUCCUCUUUCUGAAAACUCUGUAAAUAUCUUGAAUACUCAUCAACGAAGAGAGAGAAAGAACCCAUCAAGCUCCAAAUCUUUUCUUCUUUCUUUCUCUCAAUCUAGAGAGAGAAACAACCUGUAACUUCCUCUUUCUAAAAACUCUGUAAAUGUCUUGAAUACUCAUCAACGAAGAGAGAGAAAGAACCGAUCAAGCUCCAAAUCUUUUCUUCUUUCACUCUCUCAUUCUAGAGAGAGAAUCAACCUGUAACUUCCUCUUUCUGCAAAACUCUGUAAAUAUCUUGAAUGCUCAUCAACGAAGAGAGAGAAAGAGCCAAUCAAGCUCCAAAUCUUUUAUUAUUUCACUCUCUCAUUCUAGAGAGAGAAACAACCUGUAACUUCCUCUUUCUGAAAAACUCUGUAAAUAAAUAUCUUGAAUACUCAUCAACGAAGAGAGAGAAAGAACCCAUCAAGCUCCAAAUCUUUUCUUCUUGCACUCUCUCAUUCUAUAGAGAGAAACAACCUGCAACUUCCUCUUUCUGAAAAACUCUGUAAAUAAAUAUCUUGAAUGCUCAACAACGAAGAGAAAGAAAGAACCCAUCAAGCUCCAAAUAUUUUCUUCUUUGUCCCUCUAUAUCAAUCUAGAUAGAGAAGCAACCUCUAAUUUCGUUUUUCUAGAAAGAGAAACUCUCUAACCACUUUUAACUUCAUAAUUCUGGAACUGUCUGGAUGCUCUUCUUUUUCUUGAAAAAACUCUGUAACAGCCUGUUUUAGAUGCUCUUCCUCUUCUAACAGCCUCUUCCUGUUUUCUCAGAGAUGGACUCGAGCUCGGGAACGUUGGUCCCUGCUAAUCUGUGGCGCACCUUUGCCGGCAAUACCGCCAAAGUCCCGUCCCCAAAUUCACUUGUCUACUACUUCCCGCAGGGUCAUGCUGCCCAAGCCUCUUCGCCCCCCAACUUCCCCAAUGGCCCACACUUCCCACCCUGCAUCCCUUGCCUGGUCUAUGAUGUCCGGCUUUUUGCCAGCCACCAAACUGAUGAGGUCUUUGCGGUCCUCUCCCUCGUCCCUGAUACCUUCUCAAUCCGAGAGAAGCCAGCAACAACAGAUUUCUUUGCGGACCUUGCAGAGAUCGAUUCGCAUGCAAAGGUGCUGACACCGAGUGAUUCAAACAAUGGGGGUAGCUUCUCGGUGCUGAGCCAAAUGGCUGAGUCGGUGUUCCCGAAGCUUGACAAGUCCAUCAAGAAUCCAGAACAAGACUUGGUCAUGCAGGAUGUGCACGGGAAAGCAUGGAAAUUCAGACACAUUUACAGGGGGCGUCCAAAACGCCACCUCCUAACAACAGGGUGGAGCAAGUUUGUGGAUGAAAAGAGGCUAGCGAGUGGGGACACUGUUGUGUUUGCUCGUGGGAAUGACGGGAUGAUGUCUGUGGGGUUGAGGAGGAGGGCAGAGGUGAGCCAAUUUCGAACACAUUGGCUUCCACCGGAGGAUGUCGUGAGGGCAGCAGAGCACGCAGCAAGCGGACAUCCAUUUCAGGUGGUCUAUUAUCCGAAUAGGGGCUCUGCAUUCUGCGUGGAGAGACAUAUAGUGGAUAUGGCCCUUGAGUUGAGCUGGGUGCCUGAUGUCACGAUCAGAAUGACUGUGGAGGGGGUUAAGGGUUUGGUGACCGGGUCUGUGUUGUCAGUGUCUGUUGUCGAUCCAGAUCGGUGGCCGGGCUCACCAUGGGGCCUUCUUGAGGUUGCUUCGGAUAGAUCCAGCACACGGAGAGUCAACCCAUGGUCAGUGGAAUCCAUGAAAGUUCUUAGUCCCUUGCUAUACAAUGAACAAGAUAAACCCUCAACAGUAGCAGAAAACGAGAAAUUUGAGUCCUUACUUGGCCCCCAACUUUCAACUUACAAGGAACAUGAAAUGGGGUUGCACAUUGACAAAAGGCAAUUUAAAUCUAACAGUUCUACCACUACCAUUCAGGAAGCCAGGCAGGAUCCAAUUAUCAAAGCCUUGUCAUCCGAUUCCCUAGAUAAUCAAACCUGUAAUAAAUCUACAUUCUGUGACAAUCAUAGUAACCAACAAAAUUCUUUUGGUAUGCCUCUCAUGUUACCAACAUUAGAGUGCUUUUCUCCACAAGGUUAUAGUAACUACCAAUCUCAAAGUGAUGGGAAUCUGCCAAAGAAGUGUGACACUGAGCUUCCUGGCAGUGGUUCCAAUGAUGUGGCAAUAAAAUCUAAUAUUUUUAAGCCGUCAGAAAAGUCCAGAAGCAUGGUGCAACCUCAAGAGACUUCGAAUGACAAACCCGAAAAGGAAGCUAAUGUCAGACUUUGUAAGGUGUUUUAUAAUGACAUCAUCGGUCGAUCAAUUGAUCUUUCCCUCUUUUGCUCAUAUGAGGAGUUUUUUGGGAGGCUAUCUCACAUGUUCGGCAAGGAAAUCUCUCCACUUCACAGUCUUCUCUUCUAUGAUCGACCUGAUGGAAUUCAGAGAUCUGUUGGGGAAGAACCAUACAAGGAUUUUAUGAAGGCAACCAAGAUAUACAUAUUCACCUCUUACCAACAUUGAUCCCAACAUAAUCCUUUAAGCAUAUCUCUCUGGGAAGGUUUAUUGAAGUUUUUCUAUGAAAUGCUUGAUGUCCUUGGGGAGGUGGAAGGCUAUGCAUCGAUAAUGUGGCAUGGAGUUAAGAACAAUGGACUUGAGAAUGACUCUACUGGCAUAUGAUAUGCUUUGGAUUGUCAUUCCCUAUGUUUGGAGUUAGUUUGUCUGGGAGAAGCUGACAAUGUAACUGGCAUAGCUUCCUUUCGAAAAGUGGUAAUCCUAUUUUAGGGGAAGUUUUGCUCACCAUAGAGCAGAACUGACUUUAUUCUCAUUUUUAAUUUUCUUGGUGUGUUGAAGAAUUGUAAGGAAAUUUUAGACAUAUUCAUAUCACUUUCCAUCUCGAGCUUCUGGAAGGUAUUCUUGAGUGAUGUGCAACUAUCCAAGUUCACUCUACUAAAUAUUAGUAUAUCUUAUGUGUAUAGGAAAUGCGAGAGCUAUACCGGACUUCAUGAGAAAAUUGGUGCUUAAAAAGUUCCCUUAUAUUUUUCUUUGAUAAGCAUUGUAUUGAAUCUAUUUGUAGCUAAUAUGAAGACAUACGGAGAAAUGGGGUCUCCUUGCCUUAGACCACGCUUUCCUUCAAAAAACCAUCAGUGGAAGCAUUGAGGAUUAUGGAGUAUCUUGGGCAGCCUAUUCAUAGUUCAAUCCAUUUGAUGGCCUGUGAGGGGAUUUGAAUGUUUCAAAUUAAGGGUAUUUGACUCUAUCAAAGGUUUAUUCAAGUCCAUGUUAAAGACUUAAAGCCAAAAAUGGAUUUGAGUGACUUCUUAUGCCACUGGUGGAUAUUUUCGUACACCAGAAGACUCAAUUAAGUAUCUUCAUGCCAGGUAGGAAAGCACCUUGAAGUACAUUAAUAAGACACUGCAAAAUGGGAUUCAGUGAUUUCAUGAGAAACUUGCUGAUGAGUUUGUAGAUGACAUUGAAUAAGCUUGUCAGUCAUAAGUUUGAGAUGUCAUUUAUAGCUCUUCCAUUUGGGGCUAAAGUGAUUAAUGUUGAGUUUAUCCCUCCCCUUAAAGCUUGUUCUUAUUGAAGAAGUCACUGACUGCUAGAGAGACAGUAUGUGCUAUAAUGUCCCAGUAGGUUUGGUAGAAAAUCGCUUGAAAGCUAUUCAAGAUUGAUACCUCCAUAUUCAUAAUCAUAUUCUUGGUUCUUCCUUUGAAACUGACUAAGUUAUUUUUCAUCCUCAGUCACCUUGUCUCCCUCAAGUUCAAGGCUUGUUGGUGAAGGUUAUGUGCUUGGCUGGGAUCCCUUUUAAGUAAUUUACAAAUUUAAUGACAAUAUCUAGCUUCCUGGUAACAAUGGAACCAUCCUCUUUUCAAUGGAUGUUAUAUUGCUAGUUUUCUUUCUUAUGAAAUCUGAAGUGAAGAAUUAUUUAGAAUUUCAGUGGCCCUCCAUGUUCCAUUGCUUGAGGGAUGUUUCUCCCCAUAACCCAUUCUCCUAAUCUAAAAAAUUUAGAAUUUUAGUGCCCUUUGGACUGAAGCCAUAGGGUCAGGUCUUACAUUGACCUUAUCCUUAGACAUGACACCUAAUCUAUGCUAGUCCAAAGGUUCGGACCUAUCUAAGACAAAAGACAAACCAGAUCAAACACAAACAAAGCUAACCAUGAUUGGGUCAAGCAAAACACCACACGAAAAGGCUUGAAAAAUAUUUGACCUAGUUUCUACAGGUAGAUUAAAAUUCAGGUGGGUUCCUAACUAAGGAAAAAGCUGACAACAUGGCUAGGUUUUGAUGGGUACCAACAAUGCCAAUGAAAGGUGGGGUGAGGGUCUAUGUGUGGGUUGCUUUUAAGACUAGGAAACUACGGAUGGGCACUAACGUGAAUGUUGCACAAUCCUCAAUCGUCCGCCUCACAAAAGCUUGGAUCCCUCACGACUUGAAUGCCAAUACUGGGGGUUUUAAAAAAGGUUUUGAAAAUGAAAUUUGAAGGUGUUUUUGUGCAAGGAAAGGUGCACAGGCGUAUGUGUGUGAAGAAGUAAAGCAAUCAGCCAACAGAAGGAAAUAAACUAAAAGUAGAAAUUCAGAAAUUCAUAGUUAUGAUGAGAAAAGAAGCAAAUAAUCCUUAUCCUCUAUUUAUUUAUUUGUUUACCUAUUUUUUGAUUAAAAUAGUAAAAAUAAGGAAGGAAACUAAGAAGGAAAAAUUAGGAAAAAGAAAAUAGCGGAUGUCAAAAAAAGUCUUGAACUAAUCUGGGAGCUAAAUUUCUUAGCGAAGUGAUACGCAUUGCUGAGCACAGACAACCCAACAUUGGAUUGUGUGAGGCCUCAGACAUGCCUUUUCUGGAUGUUUUCUUAGCCUUUGAUUUGCUAGAAAGCGACCGUGGAACAUAUUUUCAGGGUUGUUUUCGAUGGGGUUUUGUAUGAUCUCAAGCUUGACCUGCUCCAUGGCAGGUGCCAAACUGUUUACAGCCAGGAUCCCGGAGAAUGCUGCAAGACACCACCUCUGAUUUUUUUAACUUAAGCAAUGAAUUUCAAUAGAGAUAGCUGAGGUCCAUCGAAUUACGGUUCAAAGACCUAUAUGAGUCAACCCUCACUAAGAACCGCCUACAGCCUUGGCUUGAAAUCGCGCAAA